AUUUCAGUAUCAGAACUAAGGAAAAAGACUAGCAAUGGCUGUGGAAGAACUUCAGUCCAUAAUAAAGAGAUGCCAAAUCCUAGAAGAAGAAGACUUUAAAGAAGAAGAUUUUGGCCUAUUUCAGUUAGCAGGUCGAAGGUGCAUAGAUGAAGGGCACAUAGAUCAACUACUGGAAAUUAUUCAAAAUGAAAAGAAUAAGAUUAUCAUCAGGAAUAUGGGAUGGAAUCUUGUUGGUCCUGUUGUUCGAUGCCUUUUAUGGAAUGAUAAAGAAGAUGAUAAAAGGAAAGAUUAUUUUCUGAUGCUGGAUUUAUUGGUAAAGUUGUGUAAUCCAAAGGAAUUAUUGUUGGGUUUGCUUGAACUGAUUGAAGAACCUUCUGGAAAACAGAUAUCCCAAAUUAUUCUUCUUUUACUUCAGCCAUUACAGAAAGUGAUUCAGAAACUUCAUAACAACAAGGCAUACUCAGUUGGAUUAGCAUUGUCAACCAUUUGGAAUCAGCUGUCUCUUCUACCUGUUCCAUACUCAAAAGAACAAAUACAGACCGAUGACUAUGGUCUUUGUCAAUGUUGCAAGGCUUUAAUUGAUUUCACUAAGCCAUUUGUGGAAGAAAUCAUUCAUGCCAAAGAAAAUUCGCUGGAAAAUGAAAAAUUAAAAGAUGAAUUACUGAAAUUUUGUUUUAAAAGCUUGAAAUGCCCUUUGCUGACAGCACAAUUCCCCAAACAGCUGGAAGAAGCGGAAAAUGAUCCUUUAUGGUGUUUUGCAUCUGAAAUUGUAGGUUUUUUAUUAGCCAUUGGAGAACCUUUCUCCAGAAUGAUUAUUAAUCAUGGAAAGAAAAAGAGGAUUUGGAAAUAUCUCGAAUUUGAGGAAGAAGAAGACAAACAAUUAGCAGACUCCAUGGCUUCUCUUGCAUACCUCGUAUUUGUACAGGGCAUCACUAUUGAUCAGCUUCCAAUGGUCAUGAGCCCAUUGUAUCUUUUGCAGUUUAAUAUGGGAUAUAUUGAAGUCUUCUUACAAAGAAAAGAAGAAUCUGUUUUCCCUAAAGGAUUGGAACUGUUGGAGAAUGGAUUAUUAAGAAUAGAAGACAACAGUUUACUUCAUCAGUACUUAGAAAUUAAGAGUUUUCUUAGUGUACCUCAGGACUUAGUGAAAAUAAUGACACUUUGUCCCAUUGAGACAUUGAGGAAAAAAGGAUUAGCUAUGCUGCAGCUGUAUAUUAACAAGUUGGAUUCACAAGGCAAAUAUACAUUAUUUAGGUGCUUAUUGAAUACAAGUAAUCAUUCAGGAGUAGAGGCCUUUAUUAUUCAAAAUAUCAAAAAUCAAAUUGAUUUGACAUUAAAGGGAGUACAUUAUAACAAAUGGUUUAUGGGACCACAGUUGGUUUCCCUUCUUGACUUAGUACUCAUUCUCCCAGAGGGUGCUGAAACAGAUCUACUACAAAACUCAGACAGGAUUAUGGCUUCAUUAAACCUCCUGAGGUAUUUGAUAAUCAAAGAUAAUGAAAAUGACAAUCAAACUGGAUUAUGGACAGAACUUGGAAAGAUUGAAAAUAAUUUCUUAAAGCCACUUCAUAUGGGACUUAAUAUGUCAAAAGCACAUUAUGAAGCAGAAAUUAAGAACAGCCAAGAAAAUAGCCACGAUGUCCAGAAGCCUAAAGAUAUUUGUUCUGUAACGGUAUGUGGAGAGGAGAUCCCCAAUAUGCCUCCAGAAAUGCAGCUUAAGGUUCUACAUUCAGCCCUCUUUACAUUUGAUUUGAUUGAAAGUGUUCUGGCUCGAGUAGAAGAACUUAUUGAAAUAAAAACAAAGUCUACCUCCGAAGAAAAUAUUGGGAUAAAGUGAAGGUUCCACCUCCCACAGGGAACCAGUGAAAUAACUAUGUUUUCUAUUAUGUAUUUAACAGCUUUACAAAACCUUUCUGUAAACACUGCUGCUAGAAAAAGAAAUGUAGCUUUUCUCUUUUAU